CUUGACCAGGCCGCCGCUGGCUGGGAGCAGGAUGCUGUCAGGCCGAGCGGACGCACCGACGUAGCGGAUGGCAACCUUUGUUUCCCCCGCAGCAUCACGCUCCAGUUGCUGAGUGACACCUGCUGGACAAGAAGGAGGCAUCAAGGUGUGAAGAAGAACCUACGCCAUCCAAACAUUACCACGCUGGUCGUGGUGAUGGUGAGGGUCUUCCCCUGUUUCUAGGCGUCCUCCUUGCCAACCCGUGUCUUCAUGUUUUGGGGGUCCCUCGGUGGCCCCGCCCUCUGCCAACCCCCCUGCUCCCGCUGCUGCCGCCGCCACCACGGCCGGCCACCCCAGCCACUACAUUGCCAUGCCAACGGAGACCCUCGCUGCGGCUCUGGCAGAUAGCAAGGCCGCUGGCGGCGCCGCGCCCUUCAGUUCCGCCGUGCCCCUCCGGAUCCUGAACAAGGGCCCGGACUACUUCAGGAGACAGGUGGAACCCAACCCCAAACGCCUCAGUGCUGUGGAAAGACUGGAAGCCGACAAGGCCAAGUAUGUCAAGAGCCAGGAAGUUAUCAACGCCAAACAGGAACCGAUCAAACCCCAAAUUCCGGCCAAGUCUCCCCUUGAGCUCACCCUUCUGUCAAAAAGGGGCACCGGAAUGUGCGGCGGAGGACACAAAGGCGAAGUCCCUUUCAAACCCUCGAACAACAACGCCAAGUCGGACACGUGUGCCACGACCAGCAGCGGCAAGCGGGAGAAUUUGAACCUGGAGAUCUUAAAAAAUCUCCUCAAUUCAUCGUCGACUUCGGUAGCAGGUCCCGAAGGACUCCGUAGUGGAGCUAAGAGUGCCGUGUUGAUGAGGUCGUCUGGGGGAAUGACGAGGAGUUGGACGCCCUCACCGAUGCCCUUAACUUACCGAUCCACCAUGGCUCUCAACGAGCAAGCGCAAGACUCUGCUCCCAGUCCGAGCACCUCGCACUCUCUGCGCUCUUUUUCCCAUUCCUUGAAGGUAGCACCCAUGAACGGCGGCGGGCGGCGCAGUCCGCAGCUGGUGGGAAACCUCAAUCUCAGCAGGAGAGUCCUGGACGAGCGAGGGGGCGAAAGACGGGUGGCUACGGAUCGAUCACAGUCUCCGCUUCCGCCGCUGCUGACCUCCCACUCCUCCUCGGACCUCCUGCGAUUGUGCAAUGGCAAGCCUCUCCGCACCGCUCGAUCUAGCAGCUCCUCAGCGCCACCGCUGCCUCCGAAACCCAACCCAGCCUCCCUUCCGCCUCCGACCCUCUCGCUGUCGCUGCCUCCUCGUCGUGCAAAUGUGUCCCCGCUGCUGUGCGAUAACGAGGCCCCUCAGUCACUGAAUCCUGAAGACACCUCCAAUCCUUCGACAGAUCCCAAUCUGGAGUUAGAGCUGGGUUCCUCGGUAGCGCGUCGCUCCUCUCUACACAGGUCAAAAUCAGACCUGUCGGACCGCUACGCCCGUGCCGGAGCUGACGUGGAACGUUUUUUUAACUACUGCGGCCUCGAUCCCGAGGAGCUGGAGGCGGUCGGUCCAGAGAACUUUGGUCGGGCCAAUUCGGACAUCGUGACCUUCAACUUGCGGUCGGCGUCCAUGAUCUCCGACUGCGACCAGUCCCGGCAGUCCUCCAACGCCGGCCUGUCGGACGGGGACGAGGCUGAAGAUGAGGACGAGGAGGCCGGGGAGCGAGUCCCUUACGGCAUCUCUGCCGUGGAGCGGAACGCCAGAGUCAUUAAGUGGCUGUACAGUAUCAAACAAGCGAGGGAGGCACAAAAGGUUUCACAUGUUUAGCGAAUCAAAGUGCUUCUCGUGACAGAUCGGACGUCUCGAACUCUGGACUUGAGAGGCUUGCUAGAAAAAAUAAAUCACAUCUUAGCGUACAUGUUGGUAUUGAAGUAAAGACUUCAAUGUAAAAACGUGGAUAGGAGGAAAAGUUUUAUUGGUAGCUAACGCUAACUUAAUCAUUUUUGUUUGAGGAAAUUAUUCAUGAGGUUGUUUUGCCCGUUUAACUUGACUAAAAUAGACCAGCUCAGUGGCCUAGUGGUUAGAGUGUCCGCCCUGAGACUGGGAGGUUUUGAGUUCUAACCCCCGGCCGAGUCAUACCAAAGACUACAAAAAAUGGGACCCAUUUCCUCCCUGCUUGGCACUCAGCAUCAAGGGUUGGAAUUGGGGGUCGAAUCAGCGCGGCGCAUGCUGCUGCUCACUGCUCCCCUCACCUCCCAGGGGGUGAGCAUGGGGAUGGGUCAAAUGCAGAAGACAAAUUUCACCACACCUUGUGUGCGUGUGACUAUCAUUGAGACUUUAACUUUAACUUAAAAUUGAUUUGGUUGAGCUUUUAGCUGAAGGUUGACCACGACCACACUUUUGUAACCUGCUUUGCAAAAGUUGUACCCUUUACAGUAUAUACCAAAUGAUAUAUUGCGAGAACUCUUGAAUCGAGAAUCAAUUCUGCAUGGAAAUGACACCCCAAGGACCGGAAUCGAUUUUAAUUGUGAGUUGUAAGGUUCACAUCCCUACAGAACACCCGCGUUAGCUGGUACCAUAGCAUGCCCUUAACCUACUGGGGCCGGUCUCUGGGUGUGUCCUUCCCCUUGAUCAAUGUGUCCGUCUCAUUUUUUCCGAAAGACGAAGCUAAAAGGGGAGUCCACCAUGAACGCGGUUUGCUCCAUACCUCGGCUCUAAGGCCGCCCUUCGGUUUAUGUUCAUCUUGUACCAAUUAGCGCAGGGACGUCUGCUACAACCUCAACCAAACCAAUUUCAGAACAAGAGCAAGCAGAAAUGCAGCAUAAGUCUUGAAUAAUUUCAUAAAACUAAACAGUACCUAACACUCACUUGGAACAAACAUUUACUUUCCUAGCAACUAAACGACUUAAAUAUUUAACUCCGUCUAUUUCGAGCAAGCUUCUUCGAGCUCCAGGUUUGAGAGUUCCAAACCCUUUCGUCGUCGUCGUCAUCGGUCUCAUUUUUCCUGACCUUUAUGUGAAGAACCACGCUAUGAAGCUACAAAAGAAACGUUCGAAGGUGUUAGUGUUCAUGCGCUAAAGGUUUUGUAUCGCUCAUGACAGCUUGUCGGCGUACCAAUGACAUGGCAACCGACCUCAAACGAGACCUUAAGGGUACGCAGGUGCCACCUGGACCCAUGUUUUACUUCCUUGAUAGCGCAGGUUGGUGUUCAUCUGAACGGGUCGCAAUCACAACUACUUUAGAGCCUGUUACUUAUUUGACUCGGCCCUCUUGGAACGUGGGCCACCAACAAGAUUCCUCCAACCAGGUGGCACCUCUGCCGGUCUCUGCACCUUCCUCCGAGCAUCAGCCUCUCAGUAUCGUCGCCAGGUAUUUUUAAAACAGCCCAUUUCCUUCAGGGUUCUGCUGUAAUGUAUCUGGUUCGGGUCUCGUUGGUGUUUCCUAUUCUAUGGGCUGUUAACUUGUCCGUGCCCAGAACUCUUGGUUGCUGAUAGUCUGUAUUCCGAGUAUUCUUCGGAAGUAAAAGUUGAUAAAUGUCUGGAUUCUUGUGGUGAUGGUUAGGGUGGCUGGAAGAUCCUUCAGUUGAUUUGAUCGAUUAUGGACCGAUAUCUUACAUUUUAAAUACCACCCCCGGUAGUGAGCAGUAUUACACCAUGCUAACGUUAUCUCCCAACAACAACAAAAACUUAAGGGACUCAUCGGCCCACCUGGACUUCCCUCUCCCCAGCCACUUCGUCCAGCUCCUCCCGGGGGAUCUCGAGGCGUUCCAAGACCAGCCGGGAGACAUAGUCUUCCCAACGUGUCCUGGGUCUUCCCCGUGGCCUCUUACCGGUCGGACGAGCCCGAAACACCUCCGUAGGGAGGCGUUCGGGUGGGAUCCUGACCAGAUGCCCAAACCACCUCAUCUGGCUCCUCUCCAUGUGGAGGAGCAGCAGCUUUACUUUGAGUUCCUCCCGGAUGACAGAGUUUCUCACCCUAUCUCUAAGGGAGAGACCCGCCACCCGGCGGAGGAAACUCAUUUGGGCCGCUUGUACCCAUGAUCUUGUCCUUUCGGUCAUAACCCAAAGCUCAUGACCAUAGGUGAGGAUGGGAACGUAGAUCGACCGCUAAAUUGAGAGCUUUGCCUUCCGGCUCAGCUCCUUCUUCACCACAACGGAUCGAUACAGCGUCCGCAUUACUGAAGACGCCGCACCGAUCCGCCUGUCGAUCUCACCAUCCACUCGUGAACAAGACUCAGAGGUACUUGAACUCCUCCACUUGGGGAAAGGUCUCCUCCGCAACCCGGAGAUGGCACUCCACCCUUUCCCGGGCGAGAACCAUGGACCACGGAGUUGGAGGUGCUGAUUCUCAUCCCAGUCGCUUCACACUCGGCUGCGAACCGAUCCAGUGAGUAAACAUCUGACCCAAACGUAUUUCAUUGGAAGGCGCACGCGUCGAGCUUUCACAAUAAAAUCCAUGUGCGGUGCAUCUUGUCUGACUGCCUUAAAGAUGAGUCCCAGAAGAAUAGUUCCAUAUUUAGUUAGCAUAUGUCAAGUACCAAAGUAUACGGUUGCAAAAUCUAGCACCAAAAACAGUUAGCAUGCUAAUGUUAGCAUGCUAACAGUUAGCAUAUGUCAAGUACCAAGUCACAUGACUCUAAGGUAUACGGUUGCAAAAUUAGCACCAAAAAAAGUUAGCAUGCUAACAGUUAGCAUAUGUCAAUUACCAAGUUAUAUGACUCUAAGUUAUACGGUUGCAAAAUUAGCACAAAAACAAAGUUAACAUGCUAAUGUUAGCAUGGUCAAAAAAAUGUGUAGCUAAUGUUAGCAUGCUAACAGUUAGCAUAUGUCAAGUACCAAGUCACAUGACUAAGGUAUACGGUUGCAAACUGAGCACCAAAAAAAGUUAGCAUGCUAACAGUUAGCAUAUGUCAAUUACCAAGUUAUAUGACUAAGUUAUACGGUUGCAAAAUUAGCACAAAAACAAAGUUAACAUGCUAAUGUUAGCAUGCUACAAAAAAUGUGUUGCUAAUAGUAGCAUGCUCACAGUUAGCAUAAGUCAAGUGCCAAGUUAUAUGAUUCUAAGGUACACGGUUGCAAAAUUAGCACACAAAAAUAGCGCAUCACAUCCUGUCUGACUGUGUUUACAAAACGAGUCCCAGAAGAAAAGCUCCCAUAUUUAGUUAGCAUAAUGUUAAGCAAGUCAAUUGCUGGCAUGCUAACUUUUUUGAACAAAUUUUGCAGUUAUACACCUCAGUCACAUUUUGUUACACAUGCUAACUUUUAAAAACUAAUUUUGCAGUUUUACACCUCAGUCAUAUAUUUUGCUACACAUGCUAACUUUAAAAAAAAAAAAAAAAAUUCAGUUAUACACCUCAGUCACAUUUUGUUACACAUGCUAACUUUUUUAAACUAAUUUUGCAGUUUUACACCUCAGAGUCACAUUUUGUUACACAUGCUAACUUUUAAAAACUAAUUUUGCAGUUUUACACCUCAGAGUCAUAUAUUUUGCUACACAUGCUAACUUUUUAAAAACUUUUUUUUUCAGCUAUAAACCUUAGUCGCAUUUUGUUGCCCAUGCUAACUUUUUUUAACUAAUUUUUCAGUUUUACACCUCAAGUCAUAUUUUGUUACACAUGCUAACUUUUUUAAACUAAUUUUGCAGUUUUACACCUCAGAGUCAUAUACUUUGCUACACAUGCUAACUUUUUAAAAACGAUUUUUUUUCUUCCAGUUUUACACCUCAGUCACAUUUUGUUACACAUGCUAACUUUUGUAAACUAUUUUUGCAGUUACACACCUCAGAGUCACAUUUUGUUACACAUGCUAACUUUUAAAAACUAAUUUUGCAGUUUUACACCCCAGAGUCAUAUAUUUUGCUACACAUGCUAACUUUUGUAAACUAUUUUUCCAGUUACACACCUCAGAGUCACAUUUUGUUACACAUGCUAACUUUUAAAAACUAAUUUUGCAGUUUUACACCUCAGAGUCAUAUAUUUUGCAGCACAUGCUAACUUUUUAAAAACGAUUUUUUUUUUCCAGUUUUACACCUCCGUCACAUUUUGUUACACAUGCUAACUUUUGUAAACUAUUUUUCCAGUUACACACCUCAGAGUCACAUUUUGUUACACAUGCUAACUUUUAAAAACUAAUUUUGCAGUUUUACACCCCAGAGUCAUAUAUUUUGCUACACAUGCUAACUUUUUAAAAACGUUUUUUUUUUUUCAGUUAUACACCUCAGAGUCACAUUUUGUUACACAUGCUAACUUUUGUUGAACUAAUUUUUCAGUUUUACACCUCAGUCAUAUUUUGUUACACAUGCUAACUUUUUUAAACUAAUUUUGCAGUUUUACACCUCAGAGUCAUAUAUUUUGCUACACAUGCUAACUUUUUAAAAACUUUUUUUUUUCCAGUUAUACAUCUCAGUCACAUUUUGUUACACAUGCUAACUUUUGUCAACUAUUUUUGCAGUUAUACACCUCAGAGUCACAUUUUGUUACACAUGCUAACUUUUAAAAACUAAUUUUGCAGUUUUACACCUCAGAGUCAUAUAUUUUGCUACACAUGCUAACUUUUUAAAAACUAUUUUUUUUCAGUUAUACACCUUAGUCACAUUUUGUUACACAUGCUAACUUUUGUCAGCUAUUUUUGCAGUUACACACCUCAGAGUCACAUUUUGUUACACAUGCUAACUUUUUUUGAACUAAUUUUUCAGUUUUACACCUCAGUCAUAUUUUGUUACACAUGCUAACUUUUUUAAACUAAUUUUGCAGUUUUACACCUCAGUCAUAUUUUGUUACACAUGCUAACUUUUUUAAACUAAUUUUGCAGUUUUACACCUCAGAGUCAUAUAUUUUGCUACACAUGCUAACUUUUUAAAAAUGAUUUUUUUUUCAGUUAUACACCUUAGUCACAUUUUGUUACACAUGCUAACUUUUUUUAAACGAAUUUUUCAGUUUUACACCUCAGUCAUAUACUUUGCUACACAUGCUAACUUUAAAAAAAAAAAAAUUCCCGUUAUACACUUAAGUCACAUUUUGUUACACAUGCUAACUUUUGUCAACAAUUUUUGCAGUUAUACACCUUAGAGUCACAUUUUGUUACACAUGCUAACUUUUAAAAACUAAUUUUGCAGUUUUACACCCCAGAGUCAUAUAUUUUGCUACACAUGCUAACUUUUUAAAAACGUUUUUUUUUUUUCUCAGUUAUACACCUUAGUCACAUUUUGUUACACAUGCUAACUUUUGUCAGCUAUUUUUGCAGUUACACACCUCAGAGUCACAUUUUGUUACACAUGCUAACUUUUGUCAGCUAUUUUUGCAGUUACACACCUCAGAGUCACAUUUUGUUACACAUGCUAACUUUUGUCAGCUAUUUUUGCAGUUACACACCUCAGAGUCACAUUUUGUUACACAUGCUAACUUUUUUUGAACUAAUUUUUCAGUUUUACACCUCAGUCAUAUUUUGUUACACAUGCUAACUUUUUUAAACUAAUUUUGCAGUUUUACACCUCAGUCAUAUUUUGUUACACAUGCUAACUUUUUUAAACUAAUUUUUCAGUUUUACACCUCAGUCAUAUUUUGUUACACAUGCUAACUUUUUUAAACUAAUUUUUCAGUUUUACACCUCAGUCAUAUUUUGUUACACAUGCUAACUUUUUGAAACUAAUUUUGUAGUUUUACACCUCAGUCAUAUUUUGUUACACAUGCUAACUUUUUUAAACUAAUUUUGCAGUUUUACACCUCAGAGUCAUAUACUUUGCUACACAUGCUAACUUUUUUAAAACAAUUUUUUUUUUCCAGUUAUACACCUCAGUCACAUUUUGUUACACAUGCUAACUUUUGUCAACUAUUUUUGCAGUUAUACACCUCAGAGUCACAUUUUGUUACACAUGCUAACUUUUAAAAACUAAUUUUGCAGUUUUACACCUCAGAGUCAUAUAUUUUGCUACACAUGCUAACUUUUUAAAAACUUUUUUUUUCCAGCUAUACACCUUAGUCACAUUUUGUUACACAUGCUAACUUUUGUCAGCUAUUUUUGCAGUUACACACCUCAGAGUCACAUUUUGUUACACAUGCUAACUUUUUUAAACUAAUUUUGCAGUUUUACACCUCAGAGUCAUAUACUUUGCUACACAUGCUAACUUUUUAAAAACAAUUGUUUUUCAGUUAUACACCUCAGAGUCACAUUUUGUUACACAUGCUAACUUUUUUUAACUAAUUUUUCAGUUUUACACCUCAGUCAUAUUUUGUUACACAUGCUAACUUUUUUAAACUAAUUUUUCAGUUUUACACCUCAGUCAUAUUUUGUUACACAUGCUAACUUUUUUUAAACUAAUUUUUCAGUUUUACACCUCAGUCAUAUUUUGUUACACAUGCUAACUUUUGUCAACUAUUUUUGUAGUUAUACACCUCGGAGUCACAUUUUGUUACACAUGCUAACUUUUUUAAACUAAUUUUGCAGUUUUACACCUCAGUCAUAUAUUUUGCAACACAUGCUAACUUUUUAAAAACGAUUUUUUUUUCCAGUUAUACACCUCAGUCACAUUUUGUUACACAUGCUAACUUUUUCAAACUAAUUUUGCAGUUUUACACCUCAGAGUCAUAUACUUUGCUACACAUGCUAACUUUUAAAAAAAAUAUUUUUUUCCGUUAUACACUUAAGUCACAUUUUGUUACACAUGCUAACUUUUGUCAACAAUUUUUGCAGUUAUACACCUUAAAGUCACAUUUUGCUACACAUGCUAACUUUUUAAACUAAUUUUACAUAUUUAUUUGUUUUAGCUAAUAUUGCAGUUAUACAUCUCAGAGUCACAUUUUGUUACACAUGCUAACUUUUUUUGCAACUAAUUGUACAUGCUCCUUAAUAAUGUUAGUCAAUUGCUGGCAUGCUAACCCUUUUAGCCAAUAUUGCAGUCAUACACCUCAGAGUCACAAUUUUUUUUUACACAUGCUAACUUUUUAGGCAAUUUUGCAGUUAUACACCUCAGAUCACAUAUUUUGUUACACAUGCUAACUUAAAAAAAAAACAUGUUUUUCCGUUAUACACUUAAGUCACAUUUUGUUACACAUGCUAACUUUUGUCAACAAUGUUUGCAGUUAUACACCUUAAAGUCACAUUUUGCUACACAUGCUAACUUUUUAAACUAAUUUUACAUAUGUAUUUGUUUUAGCUAAUAUUGCAGUUAUACAUGUCAGAGUCACAUUUUGUUACACAUGCUAACUUUUUUUGCAACUAAUUGUACAUGCUCCUUAAUAAUGUUCGUCAAUUGCUGGCAUGCUAACCCUUUUAGCCAAUAUUGCAGUCAUACACCUCAGAGUCACAAUUUUUUUUUUACACAUGCUAACUUUUUAGGCAAUUUUUCAGUUAUACACCUCAGAUCACAUAUUUUGUUACACAUGCUAACGUUUUUAAGACUACCGGUAAUUUAGCAUGUUACGUUUUUUUCCAUACAACUUUGAGUGACAUAUUUUGUUACGCAUGCAAACAUUUUUCACACUAAUUUUGCAGGUGUACAGUGAGUAGAGGUUUUAGCUUUUUUUUUUAAUCAAGUUUCACUGUUUGUUACUUGACACAUGCUAACUGUUAGGUUAGCGUUUGAGUUCGGCUUCACCUUUUCAGCAUUCACACACGUUUUUAAAGUUUUCCUCUACUUUGCACAAAGUUGCCCGACGGCGCAUGGAGUUGAGGGGGUUAGCGGGCACGUUGCGUUAAAGUUUUCCUCUACUUUGCACAAAGUUGCCUGGCGGCGCAUGGAGUUGAGGGGGUUAGCGGGCACGUUGCGUUAAAGUUUUCCUCUACUUUGCACAAAGUUGCCUGGCGGCGCAUGGAGUUGAGGGGGUUAGCACUACCGAUGUUUGCAUCCAUCCAUCCGCCCGACCCUUCUUUACAACAGUUUGCAAAAUCCACCGAAUUACAAAUAAAAAAUGUUCCAACCCGCUACCACGUUGAAAACUGUACAAAGCUUUUGUGUUUUUGACAGCCCAUUUCUUGUCAGAGUGAAGGAUCAGUACGGCUAAGUUAGCAUGUUGCUAUCUGUCCUGUCAUUGCUGUGUGUCUUCCGCGUGAAAACAAAUGUCGUGAUCUUGUAGCGUCGAUUCUUUGUUAGACUUCAACCCACAAAAGUUCUUCUGUGGUACUUUUGUUUUGUUGCUGUAUGUAAAAUAUUGUAAAGGAGAAAAGAAAUGUAUAUAUUUGGCUUGGUUUUAGAACUUUUUUGUUUUGGGAAAUCAGAGCCGCAGUGUUUGCUAACAGUGAAGAACUGUCUGGUGGAAUCAGUGUUUGCUAACAGUGAAGAACUGUCGGUUUUUGGACGUGGAAGCGUUGGAUUUUUAUUUGACGGAAGACGAACACGUUCAUGUUUUCAUUCUCUUUUUGCAUUGUUUCAAUAAACGGCUCUUUU